UUCUGGAAUCCUUGUUCAUGCACGAUGAAGAAUAUGAGGAUGAGUUUGUCAAGUGCGGCGGUUCUCUUUCCUCUCAUCAUCCUAUUCCUGGGGCUGAUCUCAACCACCGUCGAGGCUGGCCCGCCCGUCGCCCGGCACCGAGUGAGAUGUAAGUCGAAGGGAUUCCCGUGGUGCUACGGUGUCUGGUACUCUUGCCCCCUCCACUGCCCCACCAGCUGCUUGAUUGACUGCAUCUCCUGCAAGCCCCUCUGUAGUUGUGAUUUUCCGGGUGCCGUUUGCCAGGACCCUCGCUUUGUGGGUGGCGAUGGCAUUGCUUUCUACUUCCAUGGCCGAAGAGACCAAGACUUUUGCUUAGUCUCGGAUACGAACCUCCAUAUCAAUGCUCACUUCAUCGGCAAGCGAAAUCUUGACAUGAAGAGGGACUUCACUUGGGUACAAUCCAUAGGAAUCAUAUUUGGCACUCACAAACUUCUCGUCGCAGCCAAAACGACGUCAAAAUGGGACGACAGUGUCGACCAUCUCGCUCUAUCCUUCGACAACACUUCGGUUUCCCUCCCGACCAAAAGCAGCUCCAUGUGGCAGCCUCCAACCAUGCCACUUCUCUCCAUUACCCGUACCGAUGAUACUAAUAGGGUUGUGGUUGAGAUGGUUGGGAGUUUUAGGGUUUCUGUGGAAGUGGUUCCAAUUUUGGCAGACGAGUCAAGAGUGCAUGGCUAUAACAUAACCAAUGAGAACUGCUUUGCUCACUUGGAACUUGGUUUUAAGUUCUAUAAGCUGACUGAAAUGGUGGAUGGAGUCCUAGGGCAAACGUAUCGAAAGAACUACGUGAGUAAAGCGAAGAUGGGUGUGUCAAUGUCGGUAUUGGGUGGUGCCGACAAGUUCUUCUCCUCUAAUAUCAUGGCCAAGGAUUGCCAUGCAUCUCGGUUUGGAAAAGAGGGUGGUUAUUAGAAAGGGGCGGUGCUUAAUGAAACAUGUAUGAUUUAUUAAUUAUGGCAUCUUAAACAAGUUCGUUGCCUUCAAAUAUGUUGCACAAUGUGCUAAAAUUCUGCUUGACGUUUAUGAUUUAAUACUAUCACCAUGUCUAUUAAAUACUAG